AUGGCCAAGGGACCCGAGCAGGGGGACGCCUUCCUGCACCUCCCGGCCGCGCAGGCAGUGCCCGCCGAGGCGCAGGAGGAGCGCUACGCGGGGCUGCUGGGGCGAAGCUUGCUGCCCUGCGCCCGGGAGGCGCUGCCCGAGUCCGGCGGCAUCAAGGCAGAAACUCGCUUCGGCAGCGAAGCCCUCUCCUCGGAAGAAGAGGAUGCGGAUGCUCGCGACGGCGCGCUGACAGCCGCCGACCAAAGCCCGUCUUCGAAGAGGAGCAUCACGCAGAUCAUGAAGGACAAGAAGAAGCAGACGCAGCUCACCCUGCAAUGGCUGGAAGAAAACUACAUUGUGUGUGAAGGAGUUUGUUUACCAAGAUGCAUCCUUUAUGCACAUUAUUUAGACUUCUGCAGAAAAGAGAAGCUGGAACCUGCCUGUGCUGCAACUUUUGGGAAGACCAUUCGCCAGAAAUUCCCUCUCCUUACCACAAGGCGGCUUGGAACACGGGGCCAUUCAAAAUAUCACUAUUAUGGAAUUGGAAUUAAAGAAAGCAGUGCAUAUUACCACUCUGUGUAUUCUGGAAAGGGCUUAACCAGGUUCUCUGGAAGCAAGCUAAAGAAUGAGGGUGGUUUUACUCGUAAAUAUUCUCUGAGUUCCAAAACUGGAACACUCCUCCCAGAGUUUCCAAGUGCUCAACACCUUUUGCUUCAAGGGUGCAUUUCUAAAGACAAGGUAGAUACUCUUAUCAUGAUGUACAAAACACACUGUCAGUGUGUCCUUGACAAUGCAAUUAAUGGGAACUUUGAAGAGAUCCAGCAUUUCCUAUUGCAUUUCUGGCAAGGAAUGCCUGACCAUCUUCUUCCUCUGCUUGAAAAUCCCAUCAUCAUUGACAUUUUCUGUGUCUGUGACUCAAUACUGUAUAAGGUUCUUACAGAUGUACUCAUCCCUGCAACAAUGCAAGAAAUGCCAGAAAGUUUACUGGCAGAUAUAAGAAGUUUUGCAAAAAACUGGGAACAGUGGGUUGCUUCCUCUUUGGAAAAUCUACCAGAAAGCCUGAUAGAUAAGAAAUUGCCUAUUGCACGAAGAUUUGUUUCUUCCCUGAAACGACAGACGUCAUUCCUACACCUAGCACAGAUUGCUCGGCCAGCUCUUUUUGAUCAGCACGUGGUGAAUUCCAUGGUGUCAGAUAUUGAAAAAGUCGAUUUGAACAGUAUUGGUUCUCAGGCCCUCCUUGCAGUUUCAGGGAGCACAGACUCUGAUGGGGAAGUCUACAGUGAAUAUGACUCUAUUACAGUGUUCCAAGAACUGAAGGACCUCCUAAAGAAGAAUGCCACUGUGGAAUCAUUUAUUGAAUGGUUGGAUACUGUGGUUGAGCAAAGGGUUAUCAAGGCAAGCAAGCAAAAUGGGAGGUCUUUAAAGAAGAGAGCUCAAGACUUCCUUCUGAAAUGGAGCUUCUUCGGUGCUCGAGUCAUGCAUAACCUAACUCUAAACAAUGCAUCAAGUUUUGGUUCUUUUCAUUUGAUCCGCAUGUUACUAGAUGAGUACAUCCUGCUUGCCAUGGAGACACAGUUCAAUAAUGACAAAGAACAAGAACUCCAGAAUCUACUGGACAAAUACAUGAAGAAUUUAGAUGCAAGCAAAGCCACCUUCACUGCAUCACCAAGCUCUUGCUUCCUAGCAAAUCGCAACAAAGCCGCUCCUCUGCCCAGUGACACUUCAGUCAAAAAUGAGUGCCUAGGAGAGCAAACCUAUGUGUCCUUGUCAGCUGGCCAGCCCAGCAGUGCACCUCCUGGUCUGAACCCCUUCACCGCAGGAGAUGGGGACAGUAUGCAGCUGACAGAUCAAAUGGAGCUGUCUCAAAGCACUGGUCACCUCAUGACUCCACCCAUCUCACCAGCCAUGGUCAGCCGAGGAAGUGUGAUCAACCAGGGGCCAAUGGCUGUGAGACCUCCCAGUGCAGGUCCCAUGCUAUCGACACAUUCACAGUGCUCUUCCUACUCAGAACCCCUUUACCAGACUUUGUCACAGACUAAUCAGAAUUACUAUGGAAACAAUUCCAACUACCAGGCUAUGUUCAGGACACAGGCCCAUUCCACUUCAGGAGUUUAUGACCAGAGAGCAGAGCCCAGUCGAUUCAAUGCCUUGAGUGAACAGCAGUUCUCCAGAGACUACUUCAGCAACAGUUGUGCCGUGUCUCCCUACAAUGCCAGAUCCCCUUCCAGCUAUGGUCCCUCUAACAUGUCUCAAGACACACACAAUAUGCAGUUUCUGAAUAGUGGGAGUUUCAAUUUCUUGAACAACUCAGUAUCUUCAUGUCCAGGAGCAGCUUAUCCUGCUAAUGCUUCCAAUGGAUAUUAUGGAAACAGCAUAAAUUAUUCAGAAUCUCACAGACUUGGAACAAUGGUGGACCAACAUGUUUCUGUAAUCAGCAGUGUCAGCAGCAUUCGGCCACUGCCAUCCUACAGUGAUGUACAUGAUCCACUGAAUAUCUUGGAUGACAGCAGAAGAAAGCAAACAGGCUCCUACUACUCAGAUUCCUCACCUUCUAUUGUCUGCCGGACCCCUAUGUCUUCAAACUUGCAAACCACAUCUUCUUCACAGUGUAUGUAUGGAGCAUCUGGUCAAUUCCCUUCCCAGGAAAAUCUGGAGGUCCAUGCCCCACCAAACAGAGAUAUGGUGCCAUCUUUACCACCAAUCAACACUGUCUUCAUGGGAGCAGCUGCUGGAGGAACCUGA